AUGACUGCUUUAGUAAAGCUAAAAUAAAAAUAUAUAGAUGAAGAGGAUCAAAAUUCUUAUUAAUCUGAAAGCAAUUAAAAAUCUGAAUUGAAUUCUGAUCAUAUAGAAAUACAUCUUGAUUGUGUAUAACUCAAAUCUGAAGGAAGAAAUCCUAAAUAAAAUGACAAAUGUAUAGAUACUUUAUAAUAAGGAAAUGUUCUGAAUAUAGAACUUGAUAAUAAUUCAUAGUAAUAGCAAACACAAAAAGAUAUAUUUGAUGAAAUACAAAGAAUUUAAUCACUCAAUGAAAAUAACUUGCAGAGAACUACUGAAUAGGGAGAUAUUUAUUAAUAAUUAGAUUUAAAUAUAGAUUUAUCACAGCAACAAUUGAAAGUUGAUAUAUAAGAAUGUAAUAAACAGAUAAAACAGAAAUACUACUUGAGAAAUGAUCCAAAGUUAAAUAAAUAAAGAAGAUAUAAGCUUUUUGAGUCAAUUUAUUAAACUAAAAUAGAAACAAAUUUUUUUUGCUGGAGAUCUAAAAAUAACGACACAGAUUAGCUUUCCCUUUCAAGUUUAUUGUACCUCAAUCAAAUAAAGAGUUUCAUAUGUUUAUUUUUUCUACUGUUUAUUUUAGGCUUGCCUUCAUUUUAUAUUUGUUCGAGAAUUAGUAAAGGCCUAAACUAUGAAUACAUAAAUGACUUUUAAGCCUUCUUACUUUACCCUACAAUAGCAGGAAUUGGCUAUAAAUUUUGGUAAUGUGACAUGAUUACAGGGAAUAAGACUUUAAGUUAAACUGCUGAUUUAAAAUGCCCAUAUGGUACUUUAGAUUUUUAAUUUGCUCAAAUAGGAUUAACUAGUCUUUAAGAUACUCCGAGUUUUUAUGGCUGUGAAUUUAUUGAAUUAUAGAAAAUUGAAAUUGGAUGCUUAAAAAGUGAUUUAAGCACUUUGGUUUCUUUUAAAAACAUUUAUAGUAGAUGUUAGAAUAAAAGUACAUGUAAAAUAAACUCAAAUGAACUUUUAAACUUGUUUGAUGUUAAAAAUGGCUGUGAUUCUAGUGUUUAGUCAUAAAACAUUUUCAUUUCAGUUCCAUGCAGAAAUUAAAAUGUAGAUAUUUUUGGAAUUCCUACAACUAACUAUCAAGCAUCUAUUGCAGUUGUUCUUUUAUAAACAAUUGGAAUCAUAAUUUGCUUGAUUUUCUUCAUUCACCAAUUGUAUGUCAAUAAUAAAAUUAAGAAAAGAAUAAAAAACAAAAUUACAAUGAUUUAAAAAUUCUCAAUAGAGAUUGAAAAUAUACCUAAAAUGCACUUUAACUGGACUUAAGAACUACUCUGGUUACACCUUUAAAAAAAUCUAGAUGAAUACAAUGAAAACAAAUCCUAAAGAGAAAUUAAAAUAAUUGAUAUUUAAAUGGCUCUUCCUGAAUGUAUAAUUAAAAGAGACUUAAUUAUGAAGAAACACUAUGAAAGUAUGAAAAACAAAGUAAUAAGAUUUAUAAAUAGUUAUGAUCCGAAUAACUCAGAUUAUGGUAAUGGAAUCAAAAUAAUAUAAAUUGAUUAACUAAGAAAAAUAUUUGAUUCGGUAUUAGACCCAAAAAUUAAACAGAAAUGCUAUAAAGAUCUACUAAACAUUAUUGAAAAAAAAUCUAAGAUAGAGAAAAUUAAAGAAUAAAUAAAUAAAAUUGAAUACAAUAAAUAUAAGCACUCUUCGAAAGCUUUUGUAACAUUUGAGACAAAGCACUAGCGAGAUAGGGCAAUUUUAAUUAUGUAGGAAACGUUAGUUGGAUAUUUUAUAAAAUAAUUUCUAUAUAUAUUUAUAUAAUGCUUUUCAAAAAAGUAUUAAUUUUCUAAGUUUCAUUUGAGGUAAAAUGUUUUAUUAGUAUAAAAGACUGUAAGCCCAGAUAUACUAAUUUGGUAAAAUGUAUUUGUUGGAGAGUUUUUAUCAACUUUUUAGUUAGUGAUGUAUCUUAUAAUACCUAUUAUCCUAUGUGCUUUGGGAUUUUUUCUAAUAAACUUUGGAGAUUUUAUCAGAACAUUAUUUCUUUUGCUUUCUCCUACAAUUAAUUGUUAUGAAUACAGAUUUGAUGAUAAAAGCAUACUCAAUAAACAUCCCUAAGAUCCGAACCAAGUACUAUGUUUUUGCUCAAACAACUCUAUUCCAGAGGUAGAUAGCUGCUCAAUGAUAUACGAAGCAGCAAAAUUAAAAAGAUUAUUCCCUUAUUUUAUAAUGCUUAUAGUCAAUAUUUUGUGUAUACUUUCAGUUAAAUUAGCGAAAUACUUUGUGAAUAAAUACACAGUUUCUGAUAAAAUUUCUAAAGAAAUUGUCCUGUUUUAGAUUCUCUCAUUGUUUAAAAUUGGAAUAAACAUUGGAAUUUAUUACAUAUUGAACAAAUUUCCUUUUAAAAAUAACGAUUAAAUUCAAGCAACUUUUGGAAAUUAUAUUGAUUUUUCGCCUGAAUGGUACAGAAAUGUUGGAAUGUUCUUUGUUAUAUAUUACCUUAUUAAAAUAGCGCUUUAUCUUAUUGAGAAUAUCGUUUAUUUAGUUUAUAGAAAAGUUAGACUACUCAUAGACCGUAAAUGCAAAAAGAAAAAAAAUAUUACCUUCUAAAAAACUAACUUUGACUACAUAAAAAUGCAUUAAGGGCCUGAAUUCGAAAUUGCUAAUUCUUACUCUCAAGUUUUAGAAUAUUUAUGUGUAUCUAUGUUUUUUGGAUUUGGAAUGCCAUUUUUCUAUUUCAUCACUUUUUUGUUUUUGAUUUUACACUUGUGCUUUGAGAAAUAUUACAUUUUUAGGCAUUGUAGAAAAGAAUCCUAUCAGUACAACAGUAAAAUCUCUAAUGCUUUCAUGUCGUUUUAUUUUUAUGCCAUUCUUACAAGCUUUCUAUUUUUGGCAAUGACAUAUGUGAAUAAGAGAAUAUUUUUUGAAAUAUAUUUGCAAAACACAGAUCUGUAUAACUCAUAAUUUAAUGAAUAAAAUAAAGUGAACCAACUUCCUACUUUUACCCCUUAAAACUUCUAAUCAAAAGGCUCAUACUUUAUGAAAAUAAGCACAUACACUUAUGCAAUUUUAUUUGUAUGCUAUUAUUUUAGAUAAAAAAUUAAAAGCUUCUUUAAAUAUCUCAGCUAUAUCAGUAAGUAUAAGAUUAAACGCAAGGUUCAAAAUUGUGAUUAUCGAAUCUAGAAAUACCCUUUUGACUACAAAUCUCUUUAUUAACUUUAUUCAAUAAGAUAGUUAAAAGAGCUUUCAUUGCUUCAAGACUAUUAUACAGAAAGAGAAGUUUCUGAUAUCAGAAAAUAAAGAUUUAUUAAUAAGAAAAAAGAUAUUGACUAAGUAAUAAAACAGAAACUUGAUGAAAAUUUAGAUUUAGAUUAUUCAGAAAAGCCUGUAAGUGGAAGCUUAAAUUAUGAUAUUAUACUCAACCAAAAUUGUAGCAGGUAUUUUGAUUGGAAAACUGAACUAAGUAUUUUUAAAAUGAACAAAGCAAAAAAGGAAGAAAUAUUUAGUAAAUUAACUGAAAGUCUAGCAAUAAAAAAAUAGAUUUAAGGAAUCUAAAAUAAAGAAAGCGCAUGUAAGCUUAUUUAGUAAUACAAAAAGCAAAUAAAGAGCAGGUAUUAGUCGUUUAAAGAUUUAAAGAAAAAUGAAACAACUUACACACAAGAUAAUUCAAAUCAAAUCAAAUUUGUUUUUAAAAUUGAAGAUUAGAAAUAAUAAAAUUAAAUCGAAUAGAAAUAAGAAUAGAUGAAUAUUGCAAAAAGUGCUAAAAGCGACUCGAUAAUUUAAAUUAGCAAAGAUAGUUAGAAUAUAAUUCUAGAAGAUUAAAUUUUAUCUUAAGAACAGCUUUAUUCAAGUAGAGUCGAUCAUCAUUAAACUUUGCCAUAGUUCUAUUAAGUUAGAAAUACGAAUGUAAAUUAAUUAAAUGUGAGAUAAAUCUAAACAAAUGAACAAAUAUGA